AUGCUCAAAGUCUCAAAUAAAUCUAGAAAGAAUGAAUAAUUGGACACGAUAUAAAUUAUAGAUAAAUGUACAAGUAUUAGUAAUUGUUGUGUAUGGUAGAAAUAAUGAAAGAAGAUCGUUUAUAAUUAAGGUAAAUGGUCAAAGAUGAAAACUUGAAGUUAAUUGAAUUAAUAACUAAACAUAAAAAAAAAAAUGAUCUCAAUGAUUUAUAAUCAGAAUUAAGAAAGUUUUUAAAAGAUAAAAAAGGAUCUCCUGAAAGAGUUUAAGGAGCACCAGUUGUUUUAAGAAAGGUGAAAUCAAAAGAAAGAUGUGAAUGGAAUACUUCAAUAAGUUCAAAUCCUUCAAUAAGAUCGCCUAGUAGAUCUAAUUUAGAUUUUAAGAAGAAAUAAAAAGAAGAAUCAUAUAAAAAAAUGGAAUCUUUAAAAAAAUAAGAGAAACUAGAAAAUUAAAUUUUUUAAAAGGAAAAUGAUGAUAAUAAAAUCUUAGAUGAAAUAUAAGAGGUAAAACCAGAGUAAUAAACUGUUUUAUUCAACUCAGCAAAUUCAAUAGUCGAUCCUUUUUAAGAAGAUUUGACUCCUGUAAAGAUGGAAUUUUAGACAAUUGUAUCUUAAGUACCCUUAAAUUAAAGUGAUUAAAGAAGCGAGUGUAUUUUACAAUAUAAUGCAGCUGAUAUUUAGAAUUAUAUGCAAUAUGAUAGACAUUAUAUAUCAAAAGAAGCAUACAGUUUACCUUAAUUAAUUAGUUUAAAUUAUAAAGAAAUAGCACCUUCUAACUAUCAAAACUUAUUUACAGAUUGGAAUUCUCUUCUUAAUCUGUAAUAAUCUAAAACUGAUUAAUUUUAAGAGUCAAAAAAUGUUGAAUAAUCGAAAUCUAUAAAUUUGAAAACAGAUCAAUCCCAAAUAGUAAAGAGUUUAGAAAUUCGUGGAGUUACAGCAGAAGAACUAUUUACAUACUUAGUUCAUCAUCGUUUUACUAAAAGAUUGAAUUAGUAUUAAUUAAUUGAAAAUGCUAAAAUAUCAAUUCCAAAUGCAUUAUUAGAUUUAGAAUCUUUGUUUAAUAUAGCUGAUGUUGAUUAAGACGGAUGGAUUACUAUAGAAGAAUUGGGUUAAACUUUAUCUUAAACAUGUAUAGAGAAAGAGUAACAUAUAAAUCCAAUUAAGGGAUUCUAUGUUAGAUUGAAUGGAAUAGUAAACAUGGAGAAUUUUAUAAAUUCAAUGAAUGAUCGAAUAUAGGCAGAAAUGUAAUAAAUUUUUUAAAUAUUCUAGACUUUAUCAUGAAAUUGAUUUAUUUAGUAAGGGUAUUAUUACAUAUUGGGAAAUGUAUAACCAUUUUGAAGAAAUUGAAAAGCUACUUAAAUGA